UGUUAGGUCCCAGUCGACGACUGCGAGGUGCGCAGUCAAAUUUGAAAUGGUGAUGAUUUCUUGAUUCAUGUUUGUUCAUAUUAGCUGAAAAUGUCUUAAACGUUUGGAAAUUUGACUAUGGAAAGUGAUGGGACUAUGCUUGAUGCUGAUUCUCAGGAAGACACUGUGCAAGCUGAUUCAGAUGAAACAGCUUCAGCCGAUGAGACAGAGGAAGUUGAUAUACUGAGUGACUUUGUAUCUUCAGACUCGAACUUGUGGAAAAAUAAUUCAGAUGUAGGAGCAAGCGAAGCCAAUGAAUCGGAAGAUACUCCUAGUGCAACAAGCACAUAUCUUGGUGAUCAUGAUUAUUGUGUUACACAUACUGCUAGUAAAGACAGUGAAUCCAAUUCAGCAGCUGGAGAUAAUAAUGAAAUUGAAACCAGUGAAAGGGAUGAUGUUCAAGUGGAAGCUAGUGGUCAUGAAAGUUCACCAAAGCUCAUUGUGGAAAGUCUAAAUGUAAAACAGAAAGAACAAGUUUAUUGUAUUUGUCGGAAACCGGAUAUUGACCGGUUCAUGAUUUGUUGCGAUGCUUGUGACGAGUGGUAUCAUGGUUCUUGUAUCGGCAUUACGAAGAAAGAUGCCAAGAAAAUCAAACAGUUCUUCUGCCAAUUUUGUCAAGAAAAGGAUCAUAGUCUUGAGACGAAAUAUAAAAGGAAUUAUGUUAAAUCCAGCGAGAGUUAUCAAGAUACAGAUGAAAACGAUGACAAUCGCAAGCAAACAAAGCGAAGCAGUAGAAAAUGUGGUGCUUGUACUGCCUGCCAAAUUGAGACAGACUGUGGAAAAUGUGAUUAUUGCCUGGAUAUGAGAAAGUUUGGUGGACCGAAUAAAAAGAGACAAAAAUGUCGUUUGAGACAAUGUCUUAAUAAAUCUUUGCAUUUGAAUCCGCCAGACAUGAUAUGGAAGAAUGAUGAACUGCGUCAGAAAGUCAGAAAAAUACGGCAACCAAAGGGACGUGAUGUAAACGAUCGAAGCGAUAAAAGCAUGCUGGGAACAGAAACGUCAAAUGAAAGAAAGGAAUCGAGACGUAAGAGGCGACUUUCCUUGUGGGAAAAUCCAACUGUAGAAGAACCACGACAAUGUUACGGGCCACAGUGUCAAAAACGUGCCAGAUCAAACUCUAAAUACUGCAGCCAUGAAUGUGGUGUACAGUUGGCAGUAAGACGCAUUCAGGAAAUCCUGCCUGGUCGAGUCAAAGAAUGGCGAGAGACGCCGUGCAUAGCAAAUGAAAAAGCUCAAACGAAGUUGAAGGAACUAAAAAAGAUACAAGAGAAAACCCGUGCUCGUCUGUUGGAGCUUGACGAAGAAAGCAAAGCAUUAGACCAAAUUAUCGAGAGAGCGUCGCAUUUAACUGUAAUCAACGAAGAGGACACGGAGUCUGAAGUUGACUCGGAAAUUGAAACGAAUAUUUACUGUGUGACAUGUGGAAUUGCUCUUUUACCGAAAGUUGCCCUGAGACAUAUGGAAAAAUGCUACAUGAAGUAUGAAUCCUUUACUUCAUUUGGUUCAAAUUUUAAAAGUGUCGGUAAUUUAUUUUGUGACUUUUACAAUGCUCAACAGAAGACAUAUUGCAAACGACUUCGCGUCUUAUGUCCAGAACAUACGAAGGAAACCAAGAUAUUACCAGAUGAAGUGUGUGGUUGCCCUUUGAGUAAUGAAAAACUGGAAGAGACAAAGGAACUGUGUUGUAUUGCAAAGAGGACUUGUGUGAGGCAUUACUGUUGGGAAAAAUUACGACGUGCCCAGAUUGAUGCAGCUCGAGUUCAUCAGUGGCUGAAACUUGAAGAAGCAUUUGAAUUAGAAAGACAGACAAAAAAUGCCAUGAAACAGAGAGGGGGUGUUCUUGGCCUUUUGUUACAUAGAACUAUUGUUCACAGCUAAAAACUGGAAUCUAGCUCCCCUCCCUCCCCAAGUCAUCAUCCUGCCAGCUUCAUGGAGGUAAUCAGAUAUGUUGCUAAAAGGGAAAGCAUCAAAGGUUUGACUACUGCCCUUUAUGCUUUCUUUUCUUGCUACAGAUGAUUUAAUGCUUACCACCAGCUAAUGUAACCUUCUUCGUGAGAAGGUUGGAGGUAAUAUGGCAUUAGGAAUUUGAACUGAAUAAAAUUCUAUGUUUGUGAUACCAUACCAACUUUACUGAACCAAUGAUUUACAAAUGACUUUAAUUUUUUAACAAAUAUUUUUUACAUGGCUCUCAAA